AUGUCAAGUCAACAACACCACGAGAAAGAUCACGAGCAUGAGCAUGAACAAGACGAAGGACAAUUCGGCGAGGAAGACAUCGUCGAAGUGGUCGAAGAUGAGGGCGAUGAACCUAUGGAUGACGAUGAUGAUAAUGAGCAGUACGACGGAGAAAUCAUCAUUGGAGGUCCUGGUCCGGGAGAGGAGGAUAUGGUGAUGGAUGAAGAGGGUGAAAUUAGGGAAGACAACUCAUGGGGUGCUAACGCAUUACAUGCGUCUCAACAAUCCAUAUUUACCGUUGCCUUACAUCCUUCCUUUCCUAACCCUCCACUAGCUGUUUCAGGAGGUGAGGACGAUGCAGGUUUCCUGUACUGUCCCAUCCCCUCUUCGUCAGGCUCAUCAUCGUUCAACGCCGAUAACUUCCCUCCUACCAAAUUAACUGGCCAUUCUGACUCGGUAGUAUCGACAGGAUGGAGCUUCGAUGGUGAGAUGGUAGCUACUGGAGGUAUGGAUGGUAAAGUUAGAGUGUGGAGGAGAGUGAAGGGUAAAGGGAACCAGGAAAACCAGCAAGCGACAGUGGAAGAAUGGAAGAAUUGGGAAUUCUUGACUAGCUUAGAGACUGGAAGUGAAAUCACUUGGUUACAAUGGCAUCCCAAAGGAAAUGUUUUAGCUGCAGGUUGUGAGGAUGCGACCGUUUGGAUGUGGAAUCUACCAUCUGGAAACACACUUACCGUCCUUUCCUCACAUACCAUGUCCAGUACAUCCGGCUUGUUCCCCCCACCUGCCGGUCGUCAACUUCUAACCGCAUCGUUAGACUCAUCAUUGAUCUUAUGGGAUCCAAGGACAUCCGCCCCCGUCUGGAAAUCAUCCAUGUUCACCGCAGCCAACUCACCUGAACUCGACCCUUCAGAGCACGGUAUAACGUCUUUGGCAGUAUCGCCCAAUGGUCAGAUCGCAGCUGUAGGAAGCGCAUCGGGUAAAGUGAAAUUGGUGAAUCUCACCAAUGGAUCUACCUUGAACACUCUAGUGGGUCACGCCGAAGGAGAAAGUAUAGAAGCUUUGGUGUUUGUUGAUCUACUAGGAGGAGCGGCGGGAGGUGGAAAAGGAGUGGUAUGUGUUAGUGGAGCCACGGAUGGUAAAGGUCUGGUAUGGGAUGUACAUACCGGUAGAGUCAGGGCGGAAUUGAAACAUGACGAACCUAUCACCUCGAUCGCCGCUCACCCCGCUCCAUUCCUUCAUCAAGUAACGACCGCCUCAGCUGACUCCACCUUGAAAACAUGGGACAUCAGGACAGGCGCAUUGUUAGCUACUCAUAAAGGUCACGUAGGCGUGGUGAACGGUGUAGCCGUCGCUCCGGUCGAAGGUGGUCAAGCUAUUGUCAGUGCAGGUGACGAAGGUGUCAGUUUAGUAUGGAAGUUGUAG